AGUAACGUUUAACAAUGAUGAGUACAAUUUCUGAAAAUUUUCUUCCUGCGUAUGUUUAAUUUUUAUAAAUUUUCAUCUAUGUUAAGGCUAAUAAUCACGGAAAGUUGCUUUGUUGACAUACGGCGUUGAAGAAUUUCCUGGAUAAUACAGAAUUUAUAGAGUUGCCUUCAACGAAUGAAAAGUUACUUCAUGGAUGACGAACGUUACGAGUCUAAAGGUGAAGGAACGGAAUAUUACCCCGACUAUGAAAGUUUUCAUCCUUGAGGAGCCGUUUUUUCAAAAGCAAGCCUCUGCGUUCUGCGAUUAUUCUAUUAUUGGGUAAGGAGGGCGGUUUCUAAUGCUCCACUACGUACAGAGAGGUUACAGCCAAUCAACUUCUCUUCCAAGGAGACAGCUGCAAUGACGUCACGUAGCAUGCCGUCACAUGACAAUUGUUCAAGAAACAUGAUGCCAAGUGAUUUAGUGGGAAAUUAUACCAACAUGGGCUACAGUCAAUAUGGCGAUGAUGUGUCUAGUGUUGAUCAUCAACAACCUGUUGUUGUUGUGAGAAUAUUUGAUCAUCCAGGAAAGUCGUACUCUUACAUACAAAGGAGAUCAUUGCCAAGAAACCACUCAAGACUGAACUACAAAAAAUCUUUUAAAUCUUCGACGUCUCGCAGACGAAAACCUUUACCAUCUGCCGGGACAAUAAACCUUCGAAAUUCGCCGUCAAGACAUGAAAAUUAUGAAGAUGUUUACUCUUAUUACUUACCACCUAGAAGAAAAGCCAAAUAUCAAGGCUCAACUCGUACACAAGAUUACAUGAAUCACGAAAUGAAAGUUUGUGAAGCUAAAAGUCAUGGUUCUGGUAAUAGUAAAAGAUACAUUAUUGAAAACCAUCCAAAACUAUCCCAUGCUAAAAAUGCUAUAACCUGGACUUAUUACAAAAUUUCUGGUCGAUCACAACUCAGGUCACGUUCGGAUGCGUCAGAAGUAGAUUAUAAAUCAUCGCCUGUCCUUCAAGACCAAAGUAAGGAUCAAAAUUUUCAAGCAAUUUAUUCCGACAAAAAGUGGGAAGGAAUCACAUGACCCAGAAAUCAUGUCCAUUGUCAGUGGCAGUGAGUUUUCUGAAUUUUUACCCAGUCCUCCACGGCCAAGCGACAGUCAAUCAGAUAUCUCUACGGAUGGAUAUUCCCGUGGUAGUUAUAAAUCAUUUAAAAACAAACUUGAAAGAAACGUUAAAGAAAACAGGGAGGUUGUUGUUGAAGAGAGAAGUCAAUCAGAUCAAGAAAAACAUAAUUAAUCAUUUGAAGAAACUUUAGAGUUAUUUAUAUGUAAAAUAAAGUAAAUGUAUUUGA